UUGAAUUGCUCUCUCUCUUAUGAAAAGUCCAUUCUGUUCGUCUUUUAAGCUACUGGGAAUUUGCAUUUGUAUUUGUAUUUGUAUUUGUAUGAACUUCUAAGUUCUUUGUGUUGAAAUUUAUUGUGGGUUUGUGAUUUUGGAAAUUGUUCUUGAGUUUGUUAAUGGGCUGAAGAGUUUUUUUCUUUUUAUUCAUUGAUUUCCGGAUUUGGGAUUGUUUGAUUGUUUCUUCUCUUUAAUGGGUUUGAAGAAUUUCUAAGUUUGAUCUUCUCUUGGGUUCCGAAUAUGUCUCGUGAGCAGAAAGUUCGAGUAGUUCGUUGUCCCAAAUGCGAGAAUCUCUUGCCUGAGCCCUCGGAGCUCCCUGUUUAUCAGUGUGGUGGCUGUGGAGCUGUUCUUAGAGCAAAGAGCAAAGUUCCCCUAAAUGAGAAAAAUGAUUCUAUGAGCAGUGAAAAUUAUGAGUCCUUAUCAGAACAAGGCAGUAGUUUAGGUGCUGCUUCUGACACUGAGUGGGGCAGUCCGAGCUCUAAAAGGACUGUUUUCAGCAACAGCCCAAUUAGAACAAAUGAUAGACAGGAUAUAAAUGAUUAUGAGAUGAAAGUUGGGAAGGAAACUAAUGGAGUUUGGCCAAUCCAGAGGUUUGGAGAUCAAUAUAUCAAGAAUUGGGUUGGUCGAUGUAAUCUUGAACAAGACGUGAGCGUUUAUGAUUUGGAUUAUCCAAGUACAGCACCGUACCCUACUCGUAUAGGAGCAGCAAGAAGCCGGGCGAGUUUCGAGCAUCGAAAAGUUGAAAGAGAUGCAUAUACAAGGUACUCUAGGAACUCUAUGGCUGUUGCUGACAGACCUUCAAGUUCUAACUUUGAAGGUUUGAACCCAAAUCCAGCUGAGCUGCUUAGAAGGUUGGAUGAGUUGAAAGACCAAAUUAUUAUGUCUUGUGAUGUGAGAGCUCCAGCCAAUCAGUACUACGGUCGGCCUACUUACAAUGUUCCAAUGCAGCCUUCAACAAAGAGCCAACAGCUGAGCCAUGGCUCUCAUUACCAGAGAAAUAGUGAGGAGUUCUUACAUCCAAAAGAGCCAAUCAAAAUGAGUGCUUAUUACAAUGAGAAUGCUAUUCCUAUUGGACUCGAGGCGUCUGAUCUGCGACGUGCUGGUCGUUUUCCACACUCGAGACAGUCUAGUGAGUUUAGUUCAGUGACUGAUGGUUAUGGUCUGGUUCAACCAAGAAAGGCUCCACUUUUGCAAAGAAAUGGAAAUUCUUGUGAUGCCAUUGCAGGUGGUGCCCCAUUCAUUGUAUGUGUUAGUUGCUUGGAAUUGCUUAAACUGCCAAGAAAGCUUUAUAAGUUGCAAAUGGAUUGGCAGAAACUGCAAUGUGGUGCUUGUUCGGUUGUCGUUGUUGUACGAGUCGAGAACAGAAGGCUUGUUGUUAGCGUUCCAUCGGAAUCCAAGCUCAAAGAAGUUUCUCCUGAUGAUGGUUCCCCCAAACGAGCUGCCAAUGCCACAAACUCCUUAGAAAACUCUGGUGAUUCUUGUCACAAGUUAAUCAGUACUGACCACAACAAGCAUGAGCAAACUUCAUUGAAGACCACCCCAGCUAUAAAAUGUGAACCAAGCCUUCUCAACGACUCAGCUGACCUGCCUUCAAAAGAUGUUUCCAAGGAGAAUUCUGAUAGCACUUCUUAUCAGGAAGCUAGCAAAUACAGAGAGGGAGGUGAUGGACAUAAGCAGAAUACUGUGAUAGACGACAACGCCGAGCCGAUCGAGUUGGACGUAUCGUUUGAGGAUUAUUCGAACAUUCAUGUUUCUCAAGAUUUUGUGGAAACAAGCAAAGAAGAAGUGGAAGAUCAAAGCAAGAUCAAAAACAGUCAAGAAUCAGAAACCUUUUUUGUGGGUCUCAGCAGGUACAACUUAAGAGAUUUCUCAAGAUCAAGUGAAAUUCCGGAUAAUGGAAAGCCUGUUGUUUCAGUUAAUGGGCAGCCUUUACCAGCUCAUGUAGUCAAAAAGGCUGAAAAGCAAGCUGGGCCCAUUCUUCCCGGAGAUUAUUGGUAUGAUUAUCAAGCUGGAUUCUGGGGCGUAAUGGGGCAUCCAUGUCUUGGCAUCAUUCCUCCGUUCAUCGACGAGUUCACCUAUCCAUUGUCAAGGAACUGUGCUGCUGGAAACACUGAAAUCUUUGUGAAUGGCAGAGAGCUUCACAAAAGGGAUUUGGAGCUGCUUUCUAGCAGAGGGUUGCCCACUACUCCAAACAAGUUUUAUAGAAUCGACAUCUCUGGAAGAGUUGUGGAUGAAGAUACUGGGAAAGUGUUGCACAAUCUGGGAAAACUCGCCCCAACUUUUUGAAAACACAGCAUUGCGAAGGUGAAGCAUGGGUUCGGGAUGAAAGUACCAAGAACACUCAAGUAUGACACAUAAAGUGUACGCGGUUCAUACCUUUUGCCUUAUGGAACUCAAACUCAUUUGCUUCUCUGUAUAUCAAGUUUUGGGUAUAUAAAUUUGAAGCGUUCUUAC